CGACUUCGAUAGGUUCAACAUCAAGUACUGGAUCCAAGUUGGAAAAUUUUGAAAAGGGCAAGUAGCCACUCAAAGCUACUCGAUGCUAAUGAGCUUGUUGAGAAUACCUUUUAUGGUCAAGAGGAAAUAACUUGUGGUGAGGUAAACUAUAUGGGACAAGCAACAGACAUCAUCAAGGUUCAUAUAGCGAGAGUAAAUUCUUGAGGCAAGGAAGUACAAAGAUGGUGUAGAAUGAGCAAUGAGAUUCAAGCAAAUUUCGGGGACGAAAUUUUUGUAAUGGUGGAGAAAAUGUUACACCCCGACCUUUGGGUUCAGGUUCGACCAUAAUACGUGAACGAUUGGAUUAACGGUUACGUACUAAGGAUUACAACCGCGGAUUAGGAAUAAUAAUAAUAAUUAUUAUUAUUAUUAAAAAAUGGCCAAGAGGACCCUCAUUGUUUUCCCAUCACCUUCCCCCCUACGCCAAGAAACCGUCCCCAUUCACUAAUUAAGGAACCCUGCCGCUCAAACUCCUUUCCCUAGCUCGACUAAUCCCAUUCCCCACUCAGCCACCACAAUUAAACCCUCCCACAGUCCCACAAUCAAUUUCUAUUCCCCACCAGCGGCGGCGGCGGAAGCUUCUUCUUACUCCUGACGUGAGACGAUCGUAGAGGGCAGUGAAGGAAGGCGGCAGUGUCGCAGGCUGGACGACGAUGGGCUCAACUGGCGCCACUUCCACGACCACCAAAGCUUCAUCGCGAAUCGCCUGGUCUUGGGAGGCAGCAUCGACAUUGGAAGAUCACUUUUUGUGGCUCGCCUUGGCUUGGAUCAAUCGAAUUGGCUGGGAUCCUGAAAACGUGCCUGCUUAUGAUACUUUUCGCUACACUUUGCUUAUGGGUGCUGAAGGAAUGAUGGAGGUUUUGAAAUGUUUGGACGUAAUGAAGGAUAAGGGAUGCCAUCCAGGUCACAAAUUCCUUUCGUUUUCCCUUGAAAGUUGCCGUAAACAUAAUGAUCUUAAAGCGGCGGCGAUAGCCAAAUAAGAGAGGGAGAGAGUAGACCAGGCGAUGAGAUCUGCUCAAGGGAUUUUGCUGUGCCAAUCACGCCACGAAGAUCGCUCACCAUAAGCCAGCACUGAUGCUUGCACUUGGGGUAAGAAAUUUCGUCCUUUGUCAAGCUUAAAUAGUGGGAUACGAAUGUCAUUCUCGUGGAACAUUGCUGGGCGGUGGGGUUGCAUGAUGAACGUCCCAUUAUAAUGGGUGAAUGGAUUUAUUUACGUGGUCAGCUUCAAAAUUGAAGAGGGCUUUAUGUUGGCAAAGGUGGGAGGAGGUUCUAAAGUGGGGGAAUAAGAAGCUUUAGUAAAAUCUAAUUGAAUUA